AGUCUCUAACACCAGUUCUUCUUUUAACAGUGCGUUUAUGUUCGGAUCGACUUAGUCUCAUCAAGCACUGUCUUGCUCAGUUGUCAACAAACUAUAAGCAGUCUGCUAAGCUUCUGGGACUUGCAAAUUUGCUAAGGGUUGCAGGAGAUGAUCAGAUGGAGAGAAAAGGUCAAGUUUUAAUACUUUUAGUGGAACAAGCUCUCAGUUUCCAGGACUACAAAGCAGCUAGUAUGCACUGCCAGGAGCUCAUGGCCACAGGUUAUUCUAAAAGCUGGGAAGUAUGCAGUCAGCUUGGGCAAUCAGAAGGGUACCAUGAUUUGGGUAUGCGUCAGGAACUCAUGGCUUUUGCUCUGACACACUGUCCCCCAAGUGCCAUAGAGGCAUUGCUGGGAGUGAGCAGUUCGUUGCAAACCCAGAUUCUUUAUCAGGCUGUGAAUUACCAGUUCCUUCCUUCAGAAGGAGGUGAGAAUAUGAAUAUCUCAGGACCUUCUUCAUUGAUCAGUAAGGAUACAGAGGAUGAAACCAACAUCUCCUCUAGCCAGUCUGCUGAUUUGUUGUACUGGACGACAUCAAAAACCAUGAAGGUGUUGGCUAACACAACUAUGACUACAAAAGCCAUGCUGCAUGCUGUCAGUGAUGGACAGUGGUGGAAGAGAUCGUUAACUUAUCUUCGACCAUUACAUGGUCAAGAAUUUGGAGAUGUAUUAAAAAGUGGGCCUGGAGAAAAUGCCACUGUGGAAAAACAAGGCUGUCAUCCAUUUUAUGAGUCUCUAAUUGCUGAUCCUUAUGUUGCAGAAUCUGAAAUCAGCUAUGGCACAUACCAGAACAAUUCUUUGGAAAGCUUUGCAGAAGUAUUGCUGAGAACGGAGAAACUAACAGAAACAAAGAGUGAAGGAAAAGAUCUACUUCCAACUACAGAAGUUCUGCUACAACUGGCAAGCGAUGCUUUACCAAAUGAUACGGCCUUGUCUCUUGCCUAUCUACUUGCUCUGCCGCAGGUGGUAGAUGCCAACAAAUGCUUUGAAAAACAACUGCAUUCUGCAUUAUCUCUCCAGAUGGCAAGCUAUUACUAUAGCUUGCAGAUCUAUGCUCGUUUGGCACCAUGUUUUGAGGACAAAUGCCACCCUCUUUACAGGGCUGAUCCAGAAGAGCUGAUUCAGAUGGUCACAAAGCAUGUUACUCAGUAUGGCUAUACAGACUGGCCUGAAGAAAUAGCAACUUUGAUAAAUCAGCUGCGUUACUACAAUGAACGACUACUGGAUUUCACUCAAGCUCAGAUUCUGCAAGGACUUGGCAAAGGAGUGGAUGUGCAGAGGUUUACUGCAGAUGGACAGUACAAGAGAGAAACAAUACUAGGAUUGGCAGAAACACUUGAAGAAAACGUCUAUAAGAUUGCUGUUUCUUUGGCUCAGCGAUACAGUGUUCCACUUUGGGAAGUUUAUAUGACCCAUCUGGAAUUUUUAUUCACUGACAGUGGGUUAUCGACACUGGAAAUAGAAGAAAGAGCACAAAGUCUUGGUCUCUUUGAGACUUUGAAAACCAGUCCUGAAACCUUACAUGAACACAUGGUUAAAUAUGUUUACCCAAGUAUUGAAGGUAGAGAUCACCAGCGGUUGCUUUAUUAUUUUGCACUCCUUGAAAACUGUGGUUGCUCAGAGGUGGUGAAGGAUGCUGUUAAACCUGACAUUCACAUCCGACUCCUGAAAAAAUUCAAAGCAGUAGCACCAGGUCUUAACUACAAAAAGCUAACAGAUGAAAAUGAAAACCCUCUGGAGAUACUGGAACCCAUCCUUACGAGUCAAAAUAUCUUAUCUAUUUCCAAACUGGCUCCCAAAAUUCCUAAAAAAGAUGGCAGCGUGCUGUCACCAAGCUCUCUUUAUGCUGCCUGGUUACAAAAACUUUUUUGGAAUGGUGAUAACCAUCUCAUUAAAAAAGUACCAGAAACCAUGGAUGAGUGGCUACAUGCAUAUGAUAUAUGUUCAAAGUACUUGGAUAGACUUGAUCCAGAUGAUAUUGUCACUUUUCUUGAUGAAAUUACCUUUUCUUCAAAAGCCGUCACAAAGCUGACAGUUGAAGCCAGGAUAGAAGUGACUAAGAAGGCUAUUAAGGCAGUCAAACAUCUUUCUGAGAAAUCAAGAAAAAAAACUUCUGAGAAUGACACGGAAGAUGCUGGAAGACUGUCUAUUGCUUAUGAAGAAACUCUGAAUCACUUGCAGCAAUCUCUUGCUCAUCUGGAAACAUUCACUCAUAGUUUUAUCACUUACUUGAAAAACAGCGAGCAGGAUACACUACAGAAGUAUGGCUAUUUAUAUGAUUUGUCAAGGUCACAGAAAGAAAAAAUCCAUGACCAAGCAGUAGCUAUGUGUAUAGAUGGUCAGCCCCUGGACAUGAUACAACAGUUGUUACAAGUGGCUGUUGGAGAUCUGGGUCUUUCACCCAAGGAUAUUGUCCAAUGUGCUGUUAAAAAAAUUGUAUGUAUAUUAAGUGGAAAUGGUGGCUCAUCUCCAUCAGUGAAAGAUCCACUUGGUAUCCUAGAAGGAAUCGUUUCUGCAGUGCAUGCAAGUGUUGAGAAAGGGUAA